AUGAAAACUCAUUACUUUCUCCUGAUGAUGUUAUUUUGUAUUUUCUCCCAGAUGGAGCCAGGUGUUGGCAUUCUCACAAGUCUUGGACGAAGAACAGAUCAAUACCGAUGCCUCCAACAUGGAGGAUUCUGUCUCCGCUCCAGCUGCCCGUCUAAUACCAAACUACAGGGAACCUGUAAACCAGACAAGCCCAACUGUUGUAAGAGCUGA